AUGAACUUGCGAAUCAACCAGAAACCAGAAAAACAGAUUAGCCAAUACAAAGGAUUCCCUAAUAAAGAUUUACUACACCUACACCUACUGUUUCUCCUCGCUCUUCGAGCUUUCCUUUCCACUGCCAAUGCCAUGUCAAACAAGGAAAUGACUGACUGUCACCCCAAGUUGCUUUGGUCAGUAUUAGGGAUAGCAAGGUCAGAAGGUAGAGAUAACCAGCCCUCCUACCUUCCCCGGUUUGAUAUGGGAAAGGGUUAA